UGGGACCACGAGUUUAAUAUAUUUUUAUCUCCGUGUUAUAGCGUUAUUUUUAUUAUAUCCACUGUCCGGUCGAGGUAUUGACAGCUCAUAGCCAUGGUGUUUCGCUUGGAAAUUGAUUUGGUGGUCUUUAGGACCCGGUAGACAUCACAUAGGCUCGGGGUGGACGCGCAGUGUCUCCCUCAGAGGACCGAUCAGAGGUCAGUUUCUCAAAUUCACCAAAAUGAGGCUAACGACAUGGAUUGGUUCAGAAAGCUGGUCCCUGUUCAGUUUUUGGCGAAACUUCCCAGCUUAGGCAUUUUUGUGAACGACGUAAAGGGAUAAACAUGGCAAGGUUUAGCUAGAACACCGCGAUUCGACGUGCAAAUGCUCCCCCAGUUGCACAAUACACACGCUUUCACCAUUUUAAGACACUUGAACGGUCGGAUAGCGACCCCGCCUGAGGUUUUUGGAGACGACGCGCAGGUAGAGAACCAGGCCAGCGACAUCCAUCCCAAGUACCAGAGGCUCGAUUAUGCUACUCAACACCCCAACGCGGGGCUUUCUGUGGUCGGACGCGGAGACCAGGACGUUGUUGAACAUUUGGGGGGAGCAGGACGUCCAGGAGGCGCUGGACGGCAACUUCCGCAACAGCUUCGUCUACCGCGACGUGUCCCGGCGGCUGGCGGCGAUGGGCUUUGAGCGCACGCCGGAGCAGUGCAGGGUGCGGAUUAAAAGCCUCAAAAGACAAUACUUGCUCGCCAAGGAGGGAAAUCUGCGCAACAACAGGCAAUAUCACAAGAUCGCCAAGUUCUACGACACCAUGGAGAGGAUCCUGAGUAACCGGCCCGCCCUUGACCCCCAAGAGUUCAUAGAUGGCGGGCCGGGAGGGGAGGAGGCCGUGGACGGCUUGGAUGAGGAUGCGGAGGAUGCUCAAGACGUCUACUCCGAAAGUACUGGAGACUGUCCCUUCCCUGCUGAGACUGAAGUCAAGCUGGAGUACCCCAGUAUUCCCAUCCCCAUUCCGGUUAAAGUCACAGUGGGUAAUAACAGUACAUCAGAGAGACCUCCCAACAACAGCCAACUGGCAGCAAAUUGCUCCGCCUCCACACCCAAGCAGCAGCAGCGGCGGCGGCGGCGCGCUAAUUUCCCCAUGGAGAGGCUAAUGGAGCAGUUCCUGAAGCAGAGCUCGCAGGCCGAAGACAACUUCUACCGCAUGGAGGAGCGCCGCUUGCAAGCCGAGGACAACCGGCGGGAGGCGGAGCACUCCAGGGAGCUGCACAUGCUCCAAAUGCUCGGUCAGAUGUUCUCCAACAUCUCCUCCGCCAGGCCGGGCUCGGGAGUGGCGCCCCCACCUCAUUUGAAAACCAGCGUGCCCACCCACGCCACUGUGUUCUCCCAAGCCUUGCUGUCGUGCACGCCCCGCCAGCCCUCGCCCCCAAGAGACGGUUUGGCCAAGCAAGUGUCUGAACGCCGCUACAGCCUGGCCCCAACGUCUGACGGGAGCAUGGAGGAGCACAUCCUGUCUCUCGUGAAGAAGAUAGUCCCUCCGUUGUCCGGCCACAAGCACAAGGGACAAGACGGCCGAAUCGGAAUCAUUGGUGGAUGCCAAGACUACACUGGAGCACCCUACUUUGCCGCCAUCUCGGCACUGAAAGUGGGUGCUGACUUGUCUCACGUGUUCUGCACCAAAGACGCUGCCGCUGUAAUCAAAUCCUACAGCCCGGAGCUCAUAGUUCAUCCUGUCCUUGACAGCCCAAAUGCGGUGGAGGAGAUCGAAAAAUGGCUCCCGAGACUGCACAGCCUUGUGGUGGGACCUGGUCUAGGGAGAGAGGACUUCCUAUUAAAAACAGCCAAGGAGGUGAUAGAGAAGUCCAAAGCAAGAGAUAUUCCAAUCGUCAUCGAUGCAGAUGGAUUAUGGCUGGUCACAAAGCAGCCAUCUGUUAUUCAGGGCUACCAAAAGGGCAUCAUCACACCCAAUUUCAUGGAGUUCACGCGGCUGUACGAGACGCUGCAACACAAGGCUGUGGACGGCGUGGAUCACCGUAGUGGCGUCCUGCAGCUCAGCGAAACGAUGGGAAACAUCACAGUGCUGCUCAAAGGAGAGAAGGAUCUAAUUGCCGAUGGUAGCACAGUGGUCACAUGCAGUACAGAGGGCAGUGGGAGGCGAUGUGGAGGACAGGGUGAUCUUCUGUCUGGAUCUGCUGGUGUACUGGCCCACUGGGCCCACACUGCCUCUCAAGCAGGACUGAUCACAGGUGUAAACCCAUCGAUGGUGGCAGCGAUGGGGGCCUCUUCACUCACCAGACAGUGCAACAAACAAGCCUUCCAGCAACAUGGCAGGUCUACCACCACCUCCGACAUGAUCCACGAAAUCGGCCCAGUCUUCAAAAAUCUAUUUGAAAGAUGAAAACCAACAUUGUAGACCCCAAAAAAAGCCACUUGGUUGAUUUUACAAUCUGUGCUCCCAACUAUUACUUUCAGUCCUUAUCAUGAACGGGUGGGGGUUAGUGAAAAAUAAAGGUACUCAAAGGCUCAA